UUUCCAUGACACCUAUAGUGUAAUAUUUAUUAAUAAUAGAUUAAUAUUAUAUUGUAAUUGUUUUAAAAAAUCAUUUCUGAUGUAUAGUGUAUUGAAUUUGUGGUAAAACAAAAAAUUAUAAAAAUAGUUAUGAGCUUUAAUACCAACAUCUCAUAUAAUAAAGCACCUGAAAAUAAAUUAUUAGCUUCAAAAAUGUUGAUACAUGGAAGUCUACUUAAAAUACAGGAUGUCGAAAUUGGUGAAGCAUUUGAUUUAUUAGAUAUCAACAAAACUAAAAAAAUUUGUGUAAAAAACCUUAAAUUUGCUCUUAAGGCAUUAGGACUAGAACUUCCUCGGUGUCAAUACAUACGAUUAAAAUCUGAUAUAGAAAAAACUAGUGAUGGCCUGAUAGAAAAAAAAGUAUUUAUAAGAGAAAUGCAAAAAUUAUUUUCUAAUAUUGACCCUAAAGAAAAUAUGAUAAAAGCUUUUAAAUUAAUUGAUGAACAAGACACAGGUAAAAUAUGCUUUAAUGAUUUAAAAAAUAUUGCAACUUUGUUGGGAGAAAAAAUAAGUGAUCAAGAAAUUAAUAAAAUGUUAGACAUAGCAGAUGUUGAUGGUGAUGGUAAAGUUAAUUUAACUGAAUUCAUACAACUCAUGGAAAAAGCUUGUAAAAUACUUUAAAAAUAAUUUAAUGUUACAU